CGGAGCCAACCUUCUGGAAAUGUUCUUGUGGGUUAAUAGCGGGAGCUUGAAUUUGAACGUGGAUUUUUCUGACUUUUAAGAUAUCCCCCAGUGUCCGUGUUGGCUCUUAGAGCCUUUGAGGAGCCACUGCCAUGACCUUUUGGAGUCUUGCUAAAAAUGUUCAGCACCACCAUCUUAAAGUGUGCCUGACAAAUUGGGUCCGAAGUAUCUUCCAAAGCAGUAGGUCCCCGGCCUCCCAGCCCAUCAGCACAGAACUCGCUACUGCUGAUGGCUCUUCAGGCAGUUCCAUGGAGGUGCUGGGCAAAUCAUAUACCCGGGACGACCACAGCAAUGCCCCAGUGAAGAUUCUCUCCAAGGUGGGAAAAAAUUUGCAUCAGAGGAAAUAUCACCCCUUGUGGCUGGUCCUGGAGAGAGUGAAGCGCCAUUUUUAUCAGCAGUACGUGGGCCAGUAUGGGACCCCACUCUUCUCAGUCUUUGACGGACUCUCUCCGGUCGUCACACCAUGGCAGAACUUCGACAGCCUCCUUGUCCCAGCUGAUCACCCGAGCCGCAAGAAGGGAGAUAACUACUACCUGAAUCGAGUUCACAUGCUGCGCUCUCACACGUCAGCCCACCAGUGGAACUUGAUGAGGGCUGGCCUCAGUGCUUUCCUUGUGGUUGGAGACGUCUAUCGGCGGGACCAGAUUGACUCCCACCACUACCCCAUCUUCCACCAGCUGGAAGCCGUCCGUCUCUUUAGCAAGCGUCAGUUGUUUGGUGACAAUAAGGAUGGAGAACCCUUCCAGCUAUUUGAACAAAGUAGCCGCUCUGCCCACAAGCAGGAGACUCACACCAUGGAGGCUGUAAAGCUGGUGGAAUUUGACCUUAAGCAAACACUUACCAAGCUUAUUACACAUCUUUUUGGAGUUGGUCUGGAGAUUAGAUGGGUGGACUGCUACUUCCCUUUCACUCAUCCGUCUUUUGAGAUGGAGAUCAACUUUCAAGGAGAAUGGAUUGAGGUGCUGGGCUGUGGGAUCAUGGAGCAACAGCUAGUCAAUUCAGCUGGUGCUCAAAACAAAAUUGGAUGGGCCUUUGGGCUGGGAUUGGAGAGGCUGGCCAUGAUCCUGUAUAAUAUCCCUGACAUUCGCCUAUUUUGGAGUGAAGAUGAGAGAUUCUUGAAACAAUUCUAUGUCUCUGAUAUUAAUCAGAAUGUACAAUUUCAGAGUUAA